AUGGCGGAAGUAACGGGCCUGGUCGUAGGAACGAUAGGCCUGGCAGCGCUGUUCCAGACCUGCGUCGAGCUGUUUGAUUGCUUCGAAUUGGGCAGGAAUUAUGCUAGCGACUACCAAUUGGCAUGCACCAAGCUCGACCUGCUCCAGGCUCGAUUGUCACAUUGGGGAGGGGUGCUCAGCGUUGAUCUGCCAGGAUGUGAACACCCCGCACUUCGCCAGAACUGGCCUGACGAGCAGCACGUUAUCGCUCGCAGCCUCAACGGCAUCAAAGACAUCUUCCGUAAUGCAACAAUUUUGGCUGAGAAGUACAAGUCGAGUGCUCGCAGGGUCAAAAUACCAUCAAUACGAUCGCUCCAAAAACAGGAGAGCGCUGCUGCUAUCGGUGAGCCAGCGCAACUUAUCAGGCUGUCCAGGUGGUCCUUAAUCGGCAAGCGCACCCUGUGGGCCAUCCACGACAAGUCCAAAUUUGACGGCUUCAUCGAUGACCUGAGAUUCCUGAUCGAAAACCUCGAGAAGGUGCAAAUUCGCAUCACUAUGAGCGGCUCACGAUCGACUGCUCAGCGUAAGCCGACACCCAAAGCGACCAUGACGGAAGAGCCCGCUCGCGGUCGCUCAGGCGAUCGUGGUUCCACGAGCCAUGCUACUCCACCCCCCAAGACACAGGCAAAGACCGCUGGUAAGCCGUCUCCGAAAGAUGAUAUCAAGCGGCCGAUUGAGCCGGUUGGAAGGAAUUGUGGCCACGCAACCGUGGACAACGAUUUCACGAACAACAACCACUUUGAUGUAUACGGCAAUGUGGGGGAUUUGGGCGAGAAGGCGAAGAAACAUUUGUUUCGGAACAACACUUUCAAAAAUACUGGUGGCUUCUCGCUGCAUGGCGAUGCUGCUAGCGGCAAGGACCUUGCCGAGGUUCUGCGAUGUUAUAUGACAUCGUCAGACGCUGCAGACCGAGAUUCGGAGGCCAGCACCGAGACAUACUCAAGUGACGAGACAAUACAGGCUCCGCUCAGUCGGGGCAGCUUGCGGAGAGGCCAAAACUAG